AAAAUUGUGAUUACAUUAGUGGCAAUACAUUAGAGCCCAACAAUCAUAAUCAUAAUAAUAAUAAUACAAUAAAUUUAAUACAAGUCAUCGAUUUAUUUAAAUGGCAUUAAAUAAAUGAAAAAUAGUAAUACAUUUAUAAUUUGUGUUAUGACUUGUGGUUACGUGUGUUGAGUGCAUUUCCCCAACUAAUUGUAUAUCUUUAUCUAUAGUUUUGCUUAGUUGUUUAGCUUUUAUCUACCUGUCCAUCCACUCCCAGCACAUAAGUUAAACACAAUUAGUGAGUGAGAGAGAGAAAGAAGUGGUGGCGAGAAGUCAAUAUAAUUAUAUUUACUGUGUUGUUAACUAUCGUAUGAAUAUUAAGCGGAUGUCUCCACCCUUAACUAUAUUGUAACAGUGGUGCUCAUCCAUAUACCGGUGCUUAUCUAUCAUACACUACAUGUGUGUGUAUAUGUGCUGCUUCUUCAGCUGCAACACCAAUGGUUACGGGCUGUCAGUUCACUCCAAAUAUUACUCAUUUGUAACCAUCGAUGAGUGUAUGCGACUAUUGGCCCACAAAAUGUGAUGCAAACAACUCUAUUAGCAAAAAUACAAACCAAAAGUACAUAAACUGCUAUUUUUUAAAUUACAAGACAACUAUAAUCACAUCAAUAACACACAUCUAUAACAUUGGGAUUAGGAUCGCAUUGGUAGGUCUGAUCAAUCUAUCACUAUCGCUAUCUUCUUAUUUUUCGCUAACCUAGCCUACAGUUCCUCGUACUUCACACACAAAUAAGUCAAUUGGCAAACAGAAAAAGAGAGAGAAAAAAAUAUGAAACGACAAACACCACAAAGUUAUUUACCAAAUUGUUUCAUCACUGUCACCAUCACAUAUGGAUUACUAUUGCUAUGUUGGGCACCGGUAAUUAGCCGGGCAUCUCACUCAUCGCUACGAGUUAUCAACAAUGGCUAUGAAGGGUUAGUUGUGGCCAUUAAUCCCGAAGUUGGUCAGGACGAUGCUAUGAUUGAAAAGCUAAAGACAACAAUAAUUCCUGAAGCGUCCAAACUAUUGUAUAACUCAAUUGGAUUAUACUUAAGCCAAGUGACCAUACUGGUGCCCAGUAGCUGGAAUAUAGACAACUACCCGUCCAUGGGUAUACCUAUCACUGGCUUACCUGUCCGAUACAGCGAUGCAGAUGUUUUAAUCACAAAUAGAGAUUUUGAACAAUCGUUUACAAAGCAAUGGGGUGGUUGUGGCCAACACGCACUUCCCAUUGUAAUGACAAAGCCAUCAGUUACAGCCAGUGAACCUAUUUAUGGCGAUACCGCCAAACUUUUUGUCCACCAGUUUGCUCAGUAUAGAUAUGGUGUGUUCAAUGAGUUUGGUUUCCCAUCCGAUCCAUUAUAUCCGACACAUUAUAGUAUUCCCGGAAAUCCCGAUUCAAACCAAAUAUUGGUCAACUCGUGCGCCGAUGAUCACCAAGUGUUCAAUGUGACCACACAGACACAGUUAGGACAAAACUGUAGGCUAAUUGUCGGCAACGGUACUGGAUUGCCAAUCAAAGAUCCAGACUUUAAACAGCAAUGCAUACCAGUGCCCAAACCCAGUGAUAACUCAUACGAGUCGUCACUAAUGUACUCGCCAUCAGUGGAUAGUGUAAACCAAUUUUGUGGUUAUCACUCGACAAAGAAACUUCAUAAACAUAAUUUAAAUUCUCCAAACAAACAAAACAGUUUGUGCGGCUCCGACACGUGGACUGUCAUCUCAAAACAUCCCGACAUACCUCGUACAUAUGAGGUAUUUCAGGAAACCAUUGACAUUAAGAUAAGCAAACCGGCCGGUCCUAAGGUACUGUUUGCGGUCCAUACAUCACAAGUAUGGGCUCAAAAUAAACGAUACGAACUAAUCAAUCAGGUUAUGUCCAAGUUUAAGCUGGACAUGAAGGGUGCACUGGUAUCUCUGUUUACUUAUACAACUGGUGAACCGAUUGUUAAAGUACCAUGGACAACUGAUUUAUCACAAAUUAAAGAUCUUAAACCGAGCAGUAAUCCUGAACCAGAUGUUAAUUUUGAGAAAAUACUUGAGUCGGGAAUCAAUACAUUUAAAGCUGAUUCAGUCAAUGCCGGUGGAGCUGUAUUUACCAUAUUUUUUGCCGGCAAAGGCUAUGCACACGUAAAUGAUGACAAACUAGUAAAAUAUGCACAAUAUUUCCAACAAAAUAAUAUCAAACUAUUGAUAAUUGUAUUCCCAUUGAAUGGUAAUCAAGCGUAUAGACAAACAGCGGUCGAAAUGUUCGAGAAAGUAAUUUCCCGAACGGGCGGACAGGUAUUCUAUAUAAGAGAGGACUCGAAUCCAAUGACGACUGUCCAUCAACUGUCCAAAGCUAUGGCCACCAUUGAGACGGAGUAUUCGGGCGAUACAUCCAAUGCCUAUCAUGUAAUCAGUGAACAACUUAUUAGACCCAUUAAUAAUACGCUGAACUUUGAGUUCAAUGUAGACGAGACACUCAUGAAUAGCCGUUUGAGAGUCUAUUUUAUCGGAUCAGGUCUUAUGGAAGAAGUGGUGUUGAAAAAGACUGGUAUUCCUGAUAUUAAAAAUCCUAGUUAUACUGAUGGACCAAAUUUUAAUGGUUUUCUAAUUGAUAUAAACAAACCCGAUCACAUUGGCAAAUGGCAAUUGACGGCCCCCGUCGACACAACUACUAUGGGAAAACCCACAGCCUAUGUUGCCGUUGCAGAGUUUGCUACCAAAUCACUUGAUGGCCAAUCAGACUCUAAGACUGCUGUCGGCAUCGAUGGACCAGUUAGAGCUACGUGUUGGUUGAAACAAUCGCCAAAUAUGCCAGUCAUAGCAUAUGUUAAUAUUAACGGCAGAAUUGAUGAACUGGUAUCAAAUAUGUUAGUCAAUCUUACAGUGACUGAUGAGACCGGACGUACAGAAACAUUUGAUAUGCUAGACAAUGGUGCCGGCGAUCCGGAUAUUACUCAGGGAGACGGCAUAUACUCUCAAUAUGUUAUUAGUCAACAGCCGAUAAUAAAUAAAUUUUACUAUACUGUAAGCGCCGAAAUCAGUAGCAUUAGCUCCAAUGAAUUACCGACAGUUGUCACUGAUUUUGGCUCCACAUCUAUGCCUACCACUCCAACUGGCAAAACUUGUUGCGGAUCUAAAGUGAAUGGACAGUUGUCUACAGUCAAUCUUGGAACUGAAAAACUAAAUCGUGUUGUUGAAUGUGGCCACUAUGUAGUGACCAGUGAUGUCAACAUACAGAACUAUCCGCCAAAUGCCAUCAGAGACUUGAGGGUAGAGAACGCUGAUCAUUACAACAGAACUGUCAGUCUAUUAUGGACUUCGGUUGGUGAGCACUACACACAAGGAUCGGCCACCAAAUAUGUGAUCAAAGCUUUUCCGGCCGGCAAUGAUGCCAUCAAUGAUGACUUACGAAAGAAGAUUGCAGCCGACUUUGACAACCUGAGUGGUGCCAGCAUUGAGGUCACCGAUCGGACAGUGAGUUACAUGUCGGCGAGCAAAGAGCAAAAUUAUGAGAUAAGGAUUAAGUCGGACGACGGCGGCGUCUAUUAUGUGGCCGUCCGCGCCUACAACAGCGCCGGAAAGGGCGGUGCCGUUUCCAAUAUAGUGAUGGCACAAAUCAAAAGUAAUGUCAUAAUAACGAGCACAACUGCUUUUGAUAUUGAUGUUAGCAAACAGCCAGUUUUAAAGUGUUGCACAUCUUUAUUGAAUCCAUCCAAUGAUUAUCCCAAAUUAGCGGGACUCGAGUGGUGGGAAUGGCUAUUGGUAGCCAUUGGUGGCGCCGUCGUGUUGUUGCUCUUCUUUAUAUUUGCCAUAUGUUUUGUAUGCAAACGUCGCCGAAAGACAACCGACGAAACAGACCGCGAACAGUCCAAUCACGAACCAUCUAUUCCUACCCGUAAAGCACCGGAACCGCCGCGAGUGUCGCCAGAAUUAGAGAAGAAUCGAAGCAUUCUGUUGGAUGACAAUAGUCUGACCCGAAGUGUCGACAAUAUACCCAAUCUUAACAUAAAUAAUUUACAACAAAAUAAUGCCUACAAUUCGGUUGGUUUGCCGCUGAACCCCAACUUCGGCUACAAUACUGAUCCCAAUCAACAGCAAAAUAUUUGUGAGCUUAACGUCGCCGCACUGAGUCCUGUCCAGUCGUGGAACGCCAAAGACCUGCUGACCCAUUGGGGUCGGGUUCAAGAGGCCAAACAGCGUCACGAGGCGCCACCAGUCAUGCGUAUCGAGGACUUGUCCUCCGCCUCUAGCAAUCACUCGCCAUCAUAUGCUUCCUCAGAGGAUGACAACAACAUCUACACAAACCCGCAUCCGUGGGGCUAUCAAGAGGUCCAGACCCGGCCUAUGUAUGCCAUUCCCAAUGGUUACAAUCAGGAGCCUAUCUAUCGUAGUUCUCAGGAUCAUCUGAUGAGGUCAAACACACCAAGUGAUACCGUUCCCCGAUAUAGUACUAUAGUAAGGAAGACAACACAAAAUGUAUCACAAGUUUAGUCACAAAUAGUUUUGUUUUAAAUAUCAUUAAAUGAGUUUUCAAUUCAAUUGCAAUUUUAUAGA